AUGGGAAGGAGUUGGCCGGGCCCAUCCCUCUGUCAGUGGCGGCUGCAGCUUGCUCCGGAGACCGCUUGCGCGGUGGCCGCCGAAGCUGGCAGAGGUGGACGCAAGCGCCGGGCUCUGCCCGCUUCUUGCAGCUGUGAAUUCCUUUGGACAAUUGAUGAUAUUUAUCAUUGUGCCCAGUUUCUACACAUAAAAGAUGGGUGGAUUAUUUUCUCGAUGGAGGGUAAGUUAGUUUUCUUUACAGUCAUGAUCCUGGAGUCCCUGGAUCGAGAAAUUCAAGCAUUGGAAGAAUUUAGGGAAAAAAAUCAGAGAUUACAAAAAUUAUGGGUUGGAAGAUUAAUUCUCUACUCUUCGAUUCUCUAUCUGUUUACAUGUUUAAUUGUAUACUUGUGGUAUCUUCCUGAUGAAUUCACAGCAAGACUUGCCAUGACACUUCCAUUUUUUGCUUUUCCAUUGAUCAUCUGGAGCAUAAGAACAGUGCUUAUUUUCUUCUUUUCCAAGAGAACAGAAAGAAAUAAUGAAGCACUGGAUGAUUUAAAAUCCCAGAAGAAAAAAAUACUUGAAGAGGUCAUGGAAAAAGAAACUUAUAAAACGGCUAAAUUAAUUCUUGAAAGGUUUGAUCCAGACUCAAAGAAAGCAAAGGAGUUUGAGCCGCCAUCUGCUGGAGCAGCUGUAACUGCAAGACCUGGACAAGAGAUUCGUCAGCGAACUGCAGUUCAGAGAAACCUUUCUCCAACACCCACAAGCUCUAGCCAGGGCCCUCCUCCACAAGUUCCAGUAUCUCCUGGACCACCAAAGGACAGUUCAGCCCCUGGUGGACCCCCAGAAAGAACUGUUACUCCAGCCCUGUCAUCAAAUGUGUUACCAAGACGUCUUGGAUCCCCUGCUACUUCAGUGCCUGGAAUGGGUCUUCAUCCUCCGGGUCCACCUUUAGCAAGACCCAUUCUCCCCCGAGAACGAGGUGCUCUGGAUAGAAUUGUUGAAUAUUUAGUUGGUGAUGGUCCACAAAACAGGUAUGCCCUUAUAUGUCAGCAGUGUUUUUCUCAUAAUGGCAUGGCUUUGAAAGAAGAAUUUGAAUACAUUGCUUUUAGAUGUGCCUACUGUUUUUUCUUGAAUCCUGCAAGAAAAACUAGACCUCAGGCUCCAAGACUUCCAGAGUUUAGUUUUGAGAAGAGGCAGGCAAUGGAAAGCUCAAGUUCAGUUGGUCCCUUGCCCUCAAGAAGUGUGAUUUCAUCAGAGAACCCGAUCAGUGAAGAAUCUGUAGAAGAACAAGAUGUUCUUGAUAGCAGUACAGAGCAGACAGAUGAGAAAAUAUCAGAUACAGAGCAGACAAACCAAGGGACUGAAAAAGUAUCUGGCACAGAGGAACCAGAGGAGAAACAAGAGGCCGUGAAUGAGGACACCUCAAUGAAUGAAGCCAAAUCGCCAGUCCCCAGAGCUGAUUCUAUUCCUAAUCCUGAACUCAGUGGAGAAUCUUUGAUGGCCAUGUAGUAAAUGCUUCCAUGUGCCUUCAACUGGAUAUUUGUAGUCUUGUUGAUGUCAGUUAUUGCUUUCUAGGUGGUGCUUUUUUUUUUUCCCCUAAGGAUAUGCUUGAUAUCAUUUGAAUUUAGAUUGCUUGGCUAUUUGAAUAUGUCAAAGUUGUAGCUCCUGAGUGUUAAAUUAAAGGCAAGUGAUAGCAGUAAAGUAAGAACCUUUGGAAUGUAUAAAGACCCACGCUGUUUAGCCGGCUUUUAGAUGUUUUCUUCUACUCUAAAAGUAAACAAAAUAGCAUUCUUGUUUUCUCUGUGUGUGACCUGUAAAUAAUACCAUUUUGACAUAGGAAGAACUUUGGUUAUGAGUAAGUUCUAAUGGUGUUCAUUUUAAGGAAUGAAACUCAAUUAAGAUUUUUAAUCAUUCAUCAUCAAAAAUGGAUAGAAUUUUAAUUCUUGAGAUAUUUGCAGGGGGCAAGUCUAUUUAGGCAUUUACAUUAAGUGGUAAGAAAGUUGUAACUGUAACUAUAUAGGCAUUGGUACGAAUUCUCAGUAAGAAUGCAAUUGAACAGUCAAGUGCAGUGUUUCUUUUUUGAUGUUUCUUAUUUUGCAGCUGGGCCAAAGGCACAUGAUGUAUAUAAUUAGCUUAUGUUUACAUAUUAACACAUAGGAAGUAUCUCUGCACUUGAAUUCUGAACAUUAUUUAUACUUGUAAAAUAAUGGUGAUAUAUAAGUGAAUUUUGUGCUCUUGCAUGUAUUUUGUUAAGGAAAAUAAAGGUGAUCUGGCAGCGGUUUCUUUUUGUUAAAUAUCUAGACUUCUUCAGACAGUGUCUUGGUGGAUGACUUGGCCACCUGAAAACUCUUAGGAGGAGGAGCUCACAGUUCAAUUAAUCUAUAGACUCUUCUGAGAGCAAGUUAUGAUGCUUUGGUUCAGACUAAUUGCUUUUCAAAUUCAGAGAAAUCGUGACAUUUAGAGGUUCGAAUCAGAGGUUAGGGUUUUCUGACUCAGGAAAACCUGAAGCCAUUUGUAAUUUUUAAUUUUGAGAGACAAAUAAGUUUUGAGAAUAGGCAGUUAGUUACUAGUAGUAGUUCAUUGGAUUUAAUGUAUGUAUUAAGGAUUAACUGGGAAAAAAUUUCACCCAGAAUAGUGAUUCUUGGACCUUAAUCCAGCGUGGUUAUCUUUUUUAAUCUUCCUUUUAUCUUUCUUCUCCAUUAUUAAGGAAAUUGAAAUCAAAGAGAGGCAUAUAUAGGAAUGGUAUAUAUAGUGAAUAUUUCUCAGUUAAAUAAACUAAAUGCAUAGUUUAUUAAAAAUUUAAUAAAAUAACAUUUGUUAUUUAAAAAUUCAUCUUUAUGAUUUAUAUCUUACAUCUGAUAGGUAUUUUAAUGAAUCCAAUCUGUUAAUAGUCUGAGGCAUAAUGGUAUAGGGACCAGAGUUUUUCAGAUCACAAAACUGGGUUUAAAUUCUAGUUCUGCAGUCUUGGGCAAGUCACCCAACCUCUCUGAGACAGUUUUUUUCAACUGUAAAAUGGGAAGUACAAUACCUACUUUUUGGGGUAUAGAGAUGAUUAAAAAUAAUUUAUAUGCCAAACUCACUGCCUGAUAAUUAAUAAUUAAGCAAAUGGCAACAUUUUAUAUUAUUGAUAUCCUUGUGAAAUACGGAAGAGGUAUAAAUUCUCCCUCUUACAAAUAAGGAAAUGAAAAAAUAAUAUGAACAUAUAAUUUAGCUGCUCAGAAUCAAGCCAGAGUUUUCUGCAUCAACUUUUCUCUGUCAUAUACAUGUAUAUAAAUAAAUACAUAGAUGAAAGAAAUAGGAACCUGAAACUAUGGAAUAUAAUCUCUGAAUAUAAUAUUUUUUGGGGAAGGUGGAUCUCAGGUUUUGUACAUUACUGGCCCAUAAACAUUUUAGUAACAUCA